ACGCAUUUCCCAGCACAAUUCAUUCAACAGUCGAAGCAAGCGUUUGGCAAUACAGAAAACUGAAUAGCUCAGACCACACACACAAUUAAUCCCAUACAAUAUAUAAACGAAAUUCGAAAGUAAAUUAAACAUAUUCUUUUUGGCUAACUUAGAAACCAGAAGUCCCACCUGAGCCGAGCGGUUAAUCGAGCGGAGUUUAUCAGCCAAUCAGCCAAUCAGCAAGAUGUUCAACAACAGGAAGCAGGUUCAACAGGCAGCCAACCAGCAGGAGCUGGACAAUCUGAUGGACUACAGUUCGGGAGCGAGCAGCGAUCUCGAGGAUGUCAACAUCAAUAUCAUGAGCAAUGAUGAGGGCAUUUUCGUUCAUACGACACCCAAUAAUAGUGAAAAUCUUUCGGGGGUCUCUGUCAACGGUAGCCCAGUGCCGCCGAGUGAGAAUACGAGCGUAUUCAAGCAACUGUUUGCCACACUCGAGGCGGAACAUCAGAAGUUGCAGGGCCUGGAGCAGCGCCGCAUUAAACUGACCGAAGAGAUGAAGAAUCUGCGCGAAAUGCUUCAGCAGGAGAAUCGCCGAUUGCGCAGCCAAUCUCAUGAGCCGCCCUCCCGCUCCGACUCAACACCGACUACCUCUAGCUCAAUCAGGAAAUCCAAUCUAGCCAAGUCCGGCAAGAAUUCCCCACGUGAUGUGGCAGGAUCGAGCGUUAGCCGUGGUGUCACCAUAUUGGAGCAUAAUAGAGCUGAUGAUACGCUGGUGUCGGUGUCUGUGCCGUUCAGGCUCGAGGAGCAGAGGCCACGCCCACAAAUUGGCGAAGUCGUCAUCGAGAUGGUUGACUCCAAUCCAUCAAUGCCACAACUGCAGACCAUCGAAUCGUCCUCUCUCUGGCACACGCCUGUUACCUCAGUGGAUCUGGAAACCUUUCUACAAAUGUCGAGCACAUCCGGAGCCCAAUCAAGCACUCAAGCAUCUAAAAGCGAUAAGUCCAGCACCAGAGCUGAUUGAGCGCAUCAAGCAAUACUACAUCUAGAAAUGCGUGCUGAGUAUAGAUCCAUAUACCAUAUACUGGGCCAAUUCAAGCUAAAGUUCACCAACAAAUUUUUAGUAUUUCGAGUUCAACACUAGCCAAAAAGACAUUUCCACACAUAUAUCAAACUAUAAACUUGGAAAAACCGGAAA